CGCCCGGCGCCCGGAGCACCCGGCUGCGGAACGCCAGGCCAGGGCGCACGCCGAGGACACGGACGCGCGUGGCUGCGGCUCGGGGAAGCGGGGGGUCGCGGCUCACCAUGGCCGAGCUGCUGCGGAGCCUGCAGGAUUCGCAGCUCGUGGCGCGCUUCCAGCGCCGCUGCGGGCUCUUCCCGGCGCGGGAGGACAGUCCUGGCGAGAACGGCCCCUCGGAGAGGGCGACGAGGGUCCCCGAAGCCGCGCAUCUCCCCGCCAACCCGCAGGCUUAUGUAGAGAAGCACGUUGUGAAGAAUUAUUUCUACUAUUACCUGUUCCGGUUUUCGGCCGCCUUGGGUCAGGAAGUGUUCUACAUCACAUUUCUCCCAUUCACCCACUGGAAUAUUGAUCCUUAUUUGUCCAGAAGACUGGUCAUGAUAUGGGUUUUGGUGAUGUACAUUGGUCAGGUGGCCAAGGACAUCCUGAAGUGGCCCCGGCCCUCGUCCCCUCCCGUUGUGAAACUCGAAAAGAGAGUGGUUACAGAAUACGGAAUGCCCUCCACCCACGCCAUGGCAGCCACUGCUAUAUCCUUCACCCUCCUCAUCUCUACCACGGAGAGGUACCAGUACCCUUUUGCUCUGGGCCUGACAAUGGCUGUGGUGUUCUCUACGUUGGUGUGUCUCAGCAGACUCUACACCGGAAUGCACACGGUCCUGGAUGUGCUGGGCGGCGUGCUGAUCACCGCAGUCCUCAUUACCCUCACCUACCCGGCCUGGACCCUCAUCGACUCGCUGGACUCCGCCAGCCCCCUCUUCCCGGUGUGUGUCAUAGUCGUGCCGUUCUUCCUGUGCUACAACUACCCUGUGUCAGACUACUACAGCCCAACCAGGGCAGACACCACCACCAUCGUGGCUGCCGGGGCUGGGGUGACCCUGGGAUUCUGGAUUAAUCACUUCUUCCAGCUGGUGUCCAAGCCCACCCCGUCCCUUCCUGUGAUUCAGAGCAUCCCACCCCUCACCACAGACAUGCUGGUUUUGGGGGUGACCAAAUUUAUGGUGGGCAUCGUGCUGAUCGUCCUGGUCCGGCAGCUGGUGCAAAACCUCUCCCUGCAAGUGUUAUUCUCGUGGUUCAGGGUGGUGACGAGGAACAAGGAGGCCAGGCGAAGGCUGGAGAUCGAAGUCCCCUACAAGUUUGUCACCUACACGUCUGUUGGCAUCUGUGCCACAACAUUUGUGCCCAUGCUGCACAGGUUUUUGGGACUGCUCUGAGCCCCCAAACAGUUGGAACCUAGUCCACUAAUGUGAAAGGCAAAAACGUGAGAAAGCCGUCGGUUGGGGCGAUCUCAACCCCUCUUGUGUAAGGAAAUCUUAGGUAAUAUUUUUGUUUUGCUGAUGUCAUAUAGAUAACUACUGCAGUGGCACCAGCAAUGUGUUUGAUCUGCACUCCCGUUGACCCCAGCCUGAAACCACACCUGAGGUCUGUAAGGCAAUCAACCCCUCCCCUUUCUGUUACAUGGACUUAGGACCCAGUCUUGGGUGGAUAGGAAUUGUGGCCUGGCUUGGAAAGGCUUCAAGCCCUGCUGGGUUCCAGAGGGCCAACAGACUUGAGGUAAUAUGAAGGCAGAACACUUCUUUUCAGUUCCAACCUUGCCUAAUGCCUAGUCUCGUUCCCCAACCUGGAACUGGGUUUGGGAGGAAGGGUGGCACCAUGGAAAACGGCACUCCUUGGGCAGAGUGACGUCUUGUGCUGUAAUCAGACUAAACUGUGCCUGAGUGGGUGGCGAGACUCUUCUGGAACAGUUUCCUGUGAAGAGACUGUAAGACAGUAGCAGAGCUAAGAGGCCCCCAGGAAGAGCUUGCUCUCUCUCUACCAGCCCACCCCCUCCUCCAGGCAUUGUUAGUGAAACAAGAAGCUGAUCCCCCUUGCACAGAGUUUACAGCAUCCCAGGCUUCAGUUCCUGCACUAGUCUAAGCCACACACUAGUCUAAGCCACACACUAGUCUAAGCCACACACUAGUCUAAGCCACACAUGACGGGCUGCUACCUCCUCGCAGGUGAAAACAGGACACACUGAGACUCCUGCUCGCUCUUGCUUGGUCUUUGGUACCUGCAGUUUAAGUAGCCAUAUAAACUUAGAAAGCACUGGAUCAGCACGAGAAUGGAUGAGCUUUGUCCUCUGGAAGUCUGACCAAGAGAGGCUAGGCAGCCCUGACAUUGCCUCAUCCCCCUCCCCAAAAUACCCCUAACGUUACCUCAUCAUUGCUCAGCUACGUUCUGUAGUUUUUUGUUUUUGUUUUUUAAUUAUUCACCUGCUAGGCAGAAUCAGGGACUCCCUCUCAAUCUUCCCAUCUCUUAUCUCUUGGCAAUUUUAAGGGCCAUUCAUGCAAGAACAAUUUCAGCCUAUUUUGGGAAAAUAAUCCAAUUAAUUAUAGCACCCAUUAAACCUAGCAUGGUCCCCCUUAGAUGUAGCAGGUUUUUAGAAUGACAGCGGUAAAGAGCUCCUUCCCUGGACUCCUCUGCAGAACCAUGAUCAGGUAUCAGCCCAUCCUGAAAAGAUGCUGUAAAUGCAGAGUUACCGAUCUUUUGAGGGAUGGUGCCCCUGAAGCCAAUGUUUCAUGAUCCUAACACCUCCACACUAUGCACACAUACUGGACAAAAUUAACUCCCCUUAAAAGUUACCAAGGUUCAGACCUUUGCAUUCAGUGUGAAAACCAAGAGCAACAUAUUCUCUGAUUUGGGAAUGAUGUUCUCUGAUUUUGGAAUGAUGUUCCUUGGUACUGAACACAGUGUUUUAAUUUCUCAAGAAUAGUUCUUGGACUGGGCAUGGUGGCACAUGCCUUUAAUUCCAGCACUCAGGAGGCAAAGGCAGGCAGAUCUCUGAGUUCGAGACCAGCCUGGUCCACAGAUCAAGUUCCAGGGCCACAAAGAGAAACCCUGUCUUGAAGACACAAACACACAAACAAAAAGAAUAACAAAUAUUCUUCACAAAGUGCCCACUUUUAACUUGACAAUUCUCUCAUUUAUCAGAGUUAAGAGCAGGGAUCAAAAUAACCCAUCAUUUGCCUGGUUUUGCUCUGACGGUGUUUCAGCUCCAUGGCUGGGGUGCUGCAAGGCCUGGCUUACAGGUUCUCUCACCUAGGCCAGCCUCUCGAGGGCAUAGCUGUUGAUGGGGCACUUUCUCCCUUCUCCCCACUCCCAGCUACCAAACGAGAGCUUAUAAUACUGGCUAAUAUUUACUCAGGAUGAUUUUAGUUGGUUUGUCUGAAGUCUAGUGACAAAAGACUUGGCUUCCUCCGUGCAUAUCUUUGCAAAAGAAGGGUUACAUCUACUGUCACAGCAGCGGGGCGUGGUGAUUAAGAAGUUUUAGUCCCAACAACGGGGAAGCUGACCACUGUCUGGGUGCAUUUAAGGUUGUGUUUACAUAAUUUAGAUGGAGGAUGAGUAUAUUAGCCACACAGCAUUAAGCAGUGGCCUGAGAAGUGGUCAUGACUGGCCGGCCACUCUUGGAUGUACUUGAUAACCUCAAAUGGAUGGAGAAGUUAUUUGUUGGAGAUGAUGCCAAGUUUAGUUCUGGAUUCCUACAGUACUGGUUUUAAAAGCUAUUGCUUGAUCCCUCUCAAUCCACUUCGUUCACUUCUCAGAGCACCUCACCCUAGUGAAUUCUCUCGUGUCCCCUCUCGAAACACUUGAAUUUUCUCUCUGGGGAAAGAGUGCCCCCUGCUGGUUAAGAUCCAGUCUCAGUCCACAGGCCCUCUUGAUCUGGGCAGUCAUGCUCACCAGAAGGUGUCCACUGUCAACCUAGGCCGAACCAACCUUGACACCAAAGCUUUUAGGCACAUUGGCCCCUCCGGGAAUCGGGAAGAAUAACACACCCUUCUCCCAUCUUGCUUCUACUCCAAGGCCAAAGCAUCCAUCUAGAACUUGCUUUCCAAAGAGCUGUCAUUUUUGUGUCAUACUUGCUCAGACGUGUGCCAUAGCCGAAUACGCUGGAAAAAGACAUAGGCAAGACCCUUACACUAAUACCCUUUGACGGAAGCCACUAAAACCCCUCCACACUGUGCCUGGUAACGGGAUUUUCUUGCCCCAAUACACAGCUCAUCUUCCCAGGGUAAUCACAGCAUGUGGUAUUUCAGACCAUAUGUUUCAGGUUUCUAUUUUGGAAGCCUUCAGCUGUCUUGCUUAUGCACUGUAUGUAAAUUUAUUCUUUUUAAAAUAAAAUCUCUUUUGUUUGACUGUGA